GGGUAAGGAAAAAAACACGUCAAGGCGUUAGCUGUUGCUAGGAUACCGCAGCAAGUCCCCACUUAGUGGAAGUGGUCGUGACAACUGAGUGCAUCCCUCUCAAAAAUGUCCUGUGCAGCGCUGCUUGAUGGCAACUGCCAGCCCAAGUCCAUGAGCCGGGCGAGACAGUGGACCGACGAGAUCGAGAACCUGUACAGAUUCCAGCAGGCAGGCUAUCGAGAUGAGAGGGAAUACCGUCAAGUCAAGCAGGUGGAGCUGGUGGACCGAUGGCCAGAGACUGGCUUUGUGAAAAAGCUCCAGAGGAGGGAUAACACCUUCUACUAUUACAACAGGAAACGCGAGUGCGAAGACAAAGAAGUGCGCAAAGUGAAGGUUUACGCAUACUGAGCAGCACGUGGCCCCUAGCAGCACUUCUCUUCUCUUUUCUACAAUGUUCUAUCUUUUGUCUUUUUUAUUUGUUUCCCUUCUUUUUGUGUUCUUCGCAAUUCCAGCAGAGAUGUAACAGCAGUAGCACGAACAGCGUUUCAACUCUGGACAUUUUUCUGUCUCUGAAUAAAUUUGCAUUUCCUUUAACUUCA